AUGCAUACAAGUAGACGUGGUGUUUCAACCACUGGACAAAAUUUUGUUGCAAGAACUCCAUUGUCUGAGUUAACCAUUGCAACAAAUGGAACAACACAUAUUAAUUCCAUUGCCACAACUUCAAUUGACAUACAAUCAAUCAUGUUGAACAACAACAAACGUAAGAAGCCUACUUAUUUCACUACAACCUCUUGUGACCAUACAGUUGAUGCAGAAAUAGUAGACUUUGGAGAUCCCUCUUAUACAUGCUCUGAAUGUGGUGCUCAAAUGUGGUAUGAGGAGCGAGCUGAGAAAAGUGUUAAUAGCAACCUACCUAAGUUUUCACUUUGUUGUAUGAAAGGAUUAGUACAGAUUCCAUACUUAAAAAGGCCUCCGGAGUUGCUAAUGAGCUUAAUACAUGGACAAGAUCCAAGGAGUAAACAUUUUAAUGAAAAUAUUCGAGCAUAUAAUAGUAUGUUUUGUUUCACCUCUAUUGGUGGAAAGAUCCAAUCAAACUCGAGUAGGGGUGGAAGACCACCACAAUGUAUUCUUAGUGGACAAAAUUUCCACAGAAUUGGCAGUCUAAUUCCAGAGGAAGAAGCAACUCCAAAAUUUGCCCAAUUAUAUAUUUAUGACACAGUGAAUGAGAUAUCUAACAGAUUUAAUCAUUUUAGAUCAAAUGAACAACACAAAGAUCUAGACAAAACAUUAGUUGAAGACUUCACAAGAAUGGUGGAUGAACACAAUGUCUUAGCUAAGUCUUUUAGGAAAGUUCGUGACCACCUACAACACAAUAGCACAUCUAAUGUGUGCCUAAGGUUGUUUCGAAACAGAACAAAGGAUCCAAGAACACAUAAUAUGCCAUCAUGUGAUGAGGUUGCUGCUUUAAUAGUUGGUGAGUUGGACAACCUUGAUCCUGGUCGAGACAUUAUUGUUAGAAAGACAUUCGGCUACUUGGAGAAAAUAAAAGAGACUCAUGCUUCGUUCUUACCCCUUCAGUAUCCGUUGUUGUUUCCAUUUGGUGAGGACCAAUAUCAAGAAAACUUUCCUAUUAGAGAUAAUGUUAUGAAGGAAGGAAAACGAAAGAGGAUAGGCGUUACGUUGAGAGACUUUAUUGCAUUCCGCAUACAAGAGAGAGAUUUCGAACAUGGCAUUAUUGUAAAUGCUUACAGACUAUUUCAACAGUUUGUCGUUGAUUGUUUCUCUAUGAUAGAGUCGCAAAGGUUAUACUGGAUACGAAUGAAACAAUCGACAAUUAGAUGUGACAUAUUAAAUAGUUUACAAGAAGCAAUUCAUAGCGGAGAAACCCAUACAUUUGCAGUUGGAAAACGUGUAGUAUUGCCAGCAUCUUUUACCGGAGGUCCACGAUACAUGUUUAAUAACUGUCAAGAUGCAAUGGCGAUUUGCAAAAAGUUUGGGUAUCCUGAUUUGUUUAUCACCAUAACGUGCAAUGCUAAUUGGCAAUGUCAGCAUCUUUUACCAGAGGUCACGAUACAUGUUUAA